UCCCUGUGCUGACCAAUGGCAUUCGUUUGCUAUGACCUCUGCGUUCACGCAGAUUUUCGACUCUUUCGCGACGGUUCCUCAGUCCCCGGCUGUACUGUGCGUUACAGGAACUUGAGUAUGCAGUGCGCUGCCAGAGCAGGCCUGAGAGCAGCUCGCCACGUACUUCUCUCUAGACUCACGACACCACGCUUUAGUCAGCUACGCAGCAUGUCUCAGGCCAAACUCCCCGUUACUCUGCUGGGCUCCAUGGCGUUUGGGGGACGCGCGGAUGCACGCCUCAGCGCGCAGCUGGUGCAGCUGUUCUUAGACUGCGGCCACGAGGAGCUGGACACCGCGUUCAUGUACAAUGAUGGACAGGCGGAGACCAUCAUAGGAAACAUGCAGCUUCCCAAAACAGCAGUUCGCAUCGCGACUAAAGCAAACCCCUGGGAGGGAAAAACACUCAAACCAGAAAGUGUCCGGAAUCAGCUAGAGACGUCUUUGAAGAGGCUGCGCACACAGUGUGUUGACCUGUUUUACCUUCACGCACCGGACCACCAGAACCCCAUUCAGGACACACUACAGGCCUGCCACCAGCUGCACAAAGAGGGCAAAUUCAAACAGCUGGGCUUAUCAAACUAUGCAUCAUGGGAAGUGGCAGAAAUCUACUGCAUCUGUAAGCACAAUAACUGGGUGCUUCCCACAGUGUAUCAAGGCAUGUAUAAUGCAACCACACGACAGGUGGAGACUGAGCUGCUGCCAUGUUUGAGAUACUUUGGCAUCCGUUUCUAUGCAUACAAUCCCCUGGCAGGUGGGCUUCUAACUGGAAAAUAUCACUAUGAAGAUAAAGAGAGCUCUCAACCUGCGGGUCGAUUCUUUGGGAACAACUGGGCCGGGACUUACAGAGACAGAUACUGGAAGAAGAGUCAUUUCCAAGGCAUAGAUGGGGUUCAGAAAGCCCUGGAAGCGGCGUACGGCUCAGAGAAACCCACUCUGACAUCAGCUGCUGUUCGAUGGAUGUACCAUCACUCUCAUCUGAGGGGUGAUCUGGGCGAUGGGGUCAUUAUCGGGAUGUCCAGCAUGGAGCAGCUGAAUGAGAACCUGACAGCAGCAGCAGAAGGGCCAUUAAAACAGGAAGUCGUGGAUGCUUUUAAACACGCCUGGGACUUAGUGGCCCACGAGUGUCCAAACUACUUCCGCUAGAUGCCUUGUGAUAGUUAAAGAAUAAAGUUAAAUUAAGCUUGAUUUAUAAGAACUAAGAGAUAAUUUUUUUCUAAUGUUCAUAUUUUGUGAGUGAACAGUGAUUACUAAUACAAUCAAAAGAUUGAAAAUCUCUGAACACAAAGAAUAGAUUUUUAUCCUUGUUUACAUGAGAAUGCAAUACAAAUAAAUGUGGCAUUUUGAUGAA